CGGAAGUCCGGUAGGGUCCCUGCGUCGCGAUGGAGGAGGACGAGUACGAGUCGGUUCUCUGUGUGAAGCCGGAGGUCCACGUCUACCGCAUCCCACCGCGAGCCACCAACCGUGGCUACAGGGCCUCGGAGUGGCAGCUGGAUCAGCCGUCAUGGAGUGGCCGGCUGCGCAUCACUGCAAAAGGACAGGUGGCCUACAUCAAGCUGGAGGACAAGACCUCAGGGGAGCUCUUUGCUCAGGCACCAGUGGAUCAGUUUCCAGGCUCAGCUGUGGAGAGCGUGACCGAUUCCAGCAGGUACUUCGUCGUCCGCAUUGAAGAUGGAACUGGGCGACGGGCAUUUAUUGGGAUUGGCUUCGUGGACCGAGGGGAUGCCUUUGACUUCAAUGUAGCAUUACAGGACCAUUUCAAGUGGGUGAAACAGCAGUGUGAGUUUGCAAAACAAGCCCAGAACCCAGAUGAAGGCCCCAAGUUGGACCUGGGCUUCAAGGAGGGCCAGACCAUCAAGAUCAACAUCGCAAACAUAAAGAAGAAGGAAGGAGCAGCUGGGACUCCCCGAGCACGGCCUGCCAGCACAGGAGGUCUGAGCCUGCUUCCCCCUCCCCCUGGAGGCAAGGCCUCUACCCUCAUCCCACCCUCCGGGGAGCAGCUGUCUACAGGAGGCUCGCUCAUCCAGCCUGGUUCAGGAAGUGCUGCUGAAUCCUGGCCACAGUCCAAGCCUGCCACUGCUGCCACCGCUGACGUUUGGGGAGACUUUACAAAAUCUACAGGGCCAUCUUCCAGCCAGACUCAGCCAGGCACAGGCUGGGUCCAGUUCUGACCUGUACAACUUUGUCCUCAUCCAACUUCUGGGAAGGAGCCAUCUCAUCUGGGCCCAAGGAAGGAGUCAAAGCACUCCCGGAUGCUCCCUGGG